AUGAUACUGCGGUCGUGCGACGCGUCACGUCACGUCACGCGACGUGACGGCGCGGGCGCAGUGACGCGGCAGAGGCCGGUCACGUUCCAGCAACAUUCAGAAGCGCGCCGCCACGCGGCAGACAUAUUGCUAUACGUGCCGACCGUCGUCCCGCGGCCGCCGCCGGCGCAUGCGCGCGACGCAACACUCGCAUCGUGCUUUUCCUCGGUAAAUUUGUCAAGAGUGCGUGUUAGUGACGAGGCGUGCGCGCCUGGCCGGCGCCGCGAGCCGCCGCGCGCGCGUCGCCAGUACACACGUUCUAUCCUCUAUAAUAGAGACCAACACGUCUCAAGCGUCGGCGCGAGGCGAGCCCGCGGCGGCGCGCCCGCGCAGGGACCUGGGAGUGGACAGUCGGCGGCGCGCGUUCGGGCUGGAGGCUGCCUCGACACGUACACACAUACAGAAGAAAUAGAAAGGAGACAAGAUGAGGAGUCACCUCUUAUUGCUGGCCUUAUUGGCGGUAGCAAUAUGUUCCACAGAGGCAGUAACGAAGCGUCG